UGAGUAGGCGGGACAACUUAUGAGCUCUCUGAUUGGUGGAAGCAACCCUCUCCGCGUGACUCGUUGACUUGAAAACCGGAAGAGGAGGUGGUUGCCGCAGACACUGCCCCCGCUAUGCAGAGGGAGGAGAAGCAGCUUGAAGCGUCAUUAGAUGCACUGCUGAGUCAAGUGGCUGAUCUGAAGAACUCACUGGGGAGUUUCAUUUACAAAUUAGAGAACGAGUAUGACCGGUUGACCUGGCCCUCUGUCCUGGACAGCUUUGCCUUGCUCUCUGGACAGUUGAACACUCUGAACAAGGUCUUGAAGCAUGAAAAGACACCACUGUUCCGUAACCAGGUCAUCAUCCCUCUGGUGUUGUCCCCAGACCGUGAUGAAGAUCUUAUGCGGCAGACGGAAGGACGAGUACCUGUUUUCAGCCAUGAGGUAGUCCCUGACCAUCUGAGAACCAAGCCUGACCCUGAGGUUGAAGAGCAAGAGAAGCAACUGACAACAGAUGCUGCCCGCAUCGGUGCUGAUGUAGCUCAGAAGCAGAUCCAGAGUUUAAAUAAAAUGUGCUCAAACCUUUUGGAGAAAAUCAGCAAAGAGGAACGAGAAUCAGAGAGUGGAGGUCUCCGGCCAAACAAGCAGACCUUUAACCCUACAGACACCAAUGCCUUGGUGGCAGCUGUUGCCUUUGGAAAGGGGCUGUCCAAUUGGAGACCUUCAGGCACCAGUGGAUCUGGCCAGCCAGGCCAGCCAGGAACUGGAACAAUCCUUGCAGGAGCCUCAGGAUUGCAGCAGGUGCAGAUGACAGGUGCUCCAAGCCAGCAGCAGUCAAUUCUCAGUGGGGUACAAAUGGCCCAGGCAGGUCAACCAGGGAAAAUGCCAAGUGGAAUAAAAACCAACAUCAAGUCAGCUUCAAUGCAUCCCUACCAGCGACUGUGAGUAUUUUACAGGAAUCCCACAGCCAUGGGGAUGCCAUUUGGUAGAACUUGGGGUUAAGUGGUCCAUAUCAGAUAUUUGAAGAUACUUUCUCCCAGGACGAGGACAAAAAUCAAAUGAAGUGAGUCUUUCAGCAUGUUCAUUCAUGUAAUAAAUCAGCAUUUACUGAGGGCUUACCGUGGUCUUUUUGCCAAUGUGGUCCAGGUGAAUACAUGGGUAGUUGAAGUUCCCUAUUACUAUGAUUGGGCUCUGGGAUAGUUUCGUUGUCAAUAAUGGUCUGCUUUGUUCUUCUCUAGUUCAUCUCUAGAUGGACACUGAAUCCAAAACCUCUCAAUAGCACUCUCAGAAAAGUGCUUUGUACAGUAAGCAUUUAGGAAAUAUUUGUUAAAUGAAUGCUCAUGAAUCUACAUACACAUGUAUACCUUCUUGAUAUACUGGUUACCCCCCACCUUGUCUACUAAAUGUUGAGAUAGGAACAAUGCUAAGCACUUCACGUGGGUUAUCUCCUUUAAUCUUAUUUUUUUUUAAUAUAUAUAUUUUUUAUUUCAGAGAGGGA